UAUGUCAUCGCUUGUGUAACGUUGCAUUGCUCCAUAGAACACAGUUUCGUAUUGUAACGAUGUGGCGGCCGAUCACCGUCGCGGUGUUGUUAUUCACAUUCGUUAAUGGACAAACCCCAAUUGAUGAUGGCAGCGGAUGUGACGUAGCAGUUCUCCGUCUAGAGGGGAUGUUGGAUAACCUCACAAGACGAGUAAAUGAACUGGAGAUUCAAAGAAAAGAGGACGUGGCUGAGAUGUCAGAUAUGAGGAGAGACUUGGACGAGGCGAAGAAUAACCACGCAUUGAUACUGGAAUUCGGUAAUAUGACAGCUCAGAUUCUAGGUAAAAGGCAGUUGGAAAACACUGACGACCCACAACCCCCGAUCCAAGGAAAGGGUCUGCAAGAAAGAACUAGGCCAGUUGAUGAAACCAGCAACAUCCACCAAGAGGGUCCAAUCAGGAGCCAACCACUCAACGGGAGUAUUUCUCAUCUAACAAACCGUGUUGGUACAGUAUCCCCACCGACAGGUGCCACUGCCUUCUACGCAAGGUUGGGUCACGACUUGCUCGACGUUGCUAAGGAACAGGUCAUUCAUUUUGAAACUAUUAUCACCAACAUUGGCGGCCAUUAUAAUCAUAACAGCGGUUUGUUUACGUGUAGUACACAGGGAACUUUCGCCUUUUUCUGGUCAAUGUAUACAGAAAAUCCUACCUGGAUUGAUAGCGAACUGGUCAAGAAUGGCAAUGCUUUCGCCUUUUCGCGCGCAGGCCAGUCGUCCGAUAAUGAAGAAACGAGUAGCAGCGCUAUAGUAAAUCUGAGUCCAGGAGAUAUGGUGUGGCUGAGAAUUAAAGAUCGGUCGUCCAGUGCACAUAUCAUCGCAAAUUAUACAACAUUUUCCGGUUUUGAAAUAUAAAAUUAAAUCAGGAAGUUCUUAUCAUCCAG